AUGCUGGCAGGGCUGAGGGCCACAUCCUGCCCCCCCACGCACCCUCAGCACCCCCCUACCCCCCAAACCUCGCACCCCGCAGGCGUGGGCUUCGCCACCCGGCAGAUGGCCGGGCUCACCAAACCCACCACCAUCAUCGAGGUGGAUGGAGACAAGGUGACGGUGAAGACCCAAAGCACCUUCAAGAACACGGAGAUCAGCUUCAAGCUGGGCGAGGAGUUUGACGAGACCACGGCGGACGACAGGCACGUCAAGUCCGUGGUGACGCUGGAUGGGGGCAAACUCAUCCACGUGCAGAAGUGGGAGGGGAAGGAGACAUCGCUGGUGCGGGAGCUGAAGGACGGGAAAUUAGUUCUGACCCUCACCAUGGGCAACGUCGUCUCCACCCGCACCUACGAGAAGGCCACAUAGGACGCCGUCCCCACGUCCCCCACCCGUCCCCCGGUGCCGCAUUCGCCCCCGUCCCCCAUCGCCCCCAUCCUCGCCCCACACCGGGCAGGGCUGGCCGUGGGCCCCGAGCCCCCCGUGCCCCCCAGGGCUGCCCCCGUCACCUCCCCGGGGCCGCCUGGGGCUUGGGUGGAGGCUUUGUGGUUUGGGGGGGGGGGGUUUUGUUGUUUUUUUUAUUAAAUAAUGGGAAAACCCACGUGGAAAAAUAAUAAAGGUCGUGUUGUUACAA